AUGUCUUCCAAGAGAUCUGCAUAUUCUUAUUUUGUAAAAUGUUAUAUGAGUGAAGAAAGUAAUAAAGGAAACAAAACUCCCAGUUUUCAGCAAUUAUGUAUUGAAUUAUCACCCAUAUGGAACGAAUUGACUGAUGAGGAAAAAUAUAAGUACAAAGUUCUUGCUAAUCAAUAUAAUUCUAAACAAGUAACAAAACAGCCGUUGAAACAGACUAGUGAUCUACAGAAUGAUAGCCAUGUUUUUUGGAACAUGCAAAAAUAUUUAACCAAGAUGUUUGAUUGUAUACCUAACAAUGAGGAAUUAUUUAAGAAAAAGUUUAUUUUAUUGCACAUUAAUUGUCAUACUCAGGCUGAAGAAAAGUAUUAUUUUCCCGCUGAAAUAGCAGCAUUGGAAUUUAGUUUGAUAGAUGGUAUAUCUCGCACAUAUCAUCAAGUUAUUGGUAUUUCUAAAAUUUACCCAAGAGGUUAUGCUGGAAGCAUGAGAGAGUUUUCUGACCGAUUUCAUCAAAUUAUGUGUUUUAAUGAACAUCCAGAUGAUUAUCAACAAAUAUUAUUGGAAUUUUCAACAUUUUUAAAGGAUGGAAAAAUAAAUCAUGCAGAUUUACAAGAGGGCACAUUGGACUUACCAUAUUUAUUCACUAUAGAGUCAGAAGUUGGUACUAAUAUUAUGAAUACUAAAAAUAGCUUGGACAGACUAUACUCCACAGCUUACCCAAAAGUUGAUGCUGAACGUUGUAAGUCAAUAUUCAAAAUAGGAAGAACUGAGGAUUUAUUAUUGGAAAUCAAAAAAAAAUUAAAUCUUGAGUUGGAUCCACAAAAUUUAAGAUCAGGAAAAUCAAUUCAUGAAAUUAUAGAAUCUGAUAUGUAUGGAUGCGGUCUCGGUUGUAAGUUCCACGCAUUACGAGAAAUAGAAUACAAAUGUUCCAAAACUCGUGUUAUUCAAUGGAUGUCAAAUAUUUGUAAGUACGUAUGUACAAAUACUGGUUUAAGCCUUAAACCUGGUAAACACACAGCAACUGAAUUAAGAGAUGGUUCAAAAAUGAUAAUUGAAAAUGCACAUUUGCCUCUAUCAAGAGAAGAUCUACAUUUGAACUAA